UAAUUGUAACAGUGUGAAUUGGUAGUAGCAUACACAGUGUACAGUGACAGUGGCGAGCUAGCAUCAUCUCCUCGCUGAAGGCUCUCCACAUUGUCUUACCCAGCGCUGAUCGUUGUGUUUGCCACUAGCAACGGUACAGCACACCGGGAAAUACCUCUUCCGCGAACUUUUAUUUUCCCACAGCCGCCGUAAAAUAUACAGCCAGCCGCUGCACUUCGCCGAAUGGAUAACAGUGGCUGUUAUUAGCAUAUAGUACAUGUGGUGGUAACGUUGCCCCUAUCAGCUGAGCUUCACAUUAUGUACCACGGUGGCUGGUAGGAUUCUGCUUUCGUAUCGUGUCUGUACGUAUGAUAUAAAAUAUAUACAGGCGAAGAGACCUUUUUCUGACAAGAGGAGCUGAACUCACUGUGACAGAACAACGCUAGGUAACAGCUGUACGUUUUUGAUCCUCGACACUGCACUCUGAUAUCAAAGUUUGAUAAAACACCGACGAAAACUCGGCUAGUGGGGUGCUUGAAAGCUGCCCGCCUACAGCGUGGAAAUCCUAGCAAAACCCAGUCGCCUGCUUGGUCGUGACCAUCGAUGUUAAGUAGAUUCGAAUGCCGUCGAUGAUAAUCGUCCGAUUUUUUACCACAGUUUAAAAAAAAAAUAACACCACCAUCGCCGCUUUUUACCGGGAGUACUUAAAUCUCCCGAAAACUAUUACAGCACAUCCACUUCGCGUUGACGCUACCAACCUUCACUGAGCGAGCGAUACAGACGUUCACUUUGCCCACAGUCACCAUGGUUCAACUGUGCGCGGGAUGCGAUCGGCCAAUACUGGACCGUUUUCUUUUAAAUGUUUUAGACAGAGCCUGGCAUGUAAAAUGUGUACAGUGUUCUGAUUGCAACUGCACGCUUUCAGACAAAUGCUACUCAAGAGAAGGGAAAUUGUACUGCCGAACAGACUUUGUCAGGCGGUAUGGAACCAAAUGUGCUGGCUGCUCCCAUGGUAUUGCCCCAAAUGACUUGGUGAGGCGGGCUCGCAAUAAAGUUUUUCAUCUCAAAUGUUUCACAUGCAUGGUGUGCAGUAAGCAGCUGUCCACGGGCGAAGAGCUCUACGUUGUGGACGAAAACCAAUAUAUUUGUAAAGACGAUUACCUGGGCAGUAAAUCUCCUUCCGCUGAAUCAGACCAGACUGAUAUGUCAGUGGGACCCCUAAGCAACGGACCCGUCUCAACAAACGGAUACUCUCUCACCAACGGUGGGUUGACACAUCAACAGAGCAGCAUGCUGGCAAAUACACCAAGUUUGGUGAACACCCCACCGACAGCUUCGGCACCCCCGUCGACGACACCGGCACAGCCGACAACGCAGCCGCCGCCAGACGACAUUGAGAGUCAACCGACGCCAUCGAUGCACGAGUUGGACGACGACGAUAAGGACGAUCUAUCUUCGAUCAGUGAGACCAUUGAUCAAAAUACGAACUCUAACGACGAGAACCCGAGCAACACCGACAUAAACGCCAAUAACAAUAGUAGUAAUAACAAUAACGUCACAAACAAUGAAAACACAGAUUCAAAUAAUAUUUCGGGGACAAAAAGGCGUGGACCGCGCACUACAAUCAAAGCCAAACAACUAGAGACGCUGAAAGCCGCUUUCGCCGCCACACCGAAACCAACGAGACACAUACGUGAACAACUGGCCCAGGAAACCGGGCUAAAUAUGAGAGUCAUACAGGUGUGGUUUCAAAACAGACGCUCCAAGGAAAGGCGGAUGAAGCAGCUGAGUGCUCUUGGUGCGAGGAGACACCACUUUUUCAGGAAUCCCCGCCGCAUGAGGGCGUUACGAACGGCAAUCGGUGGAGCAUAUGAUUUGGAUAACAGUCCCGAACUAAUGAACCCCGGCUUCAGCUAUUCACCCGAAUACGGAGCACCAGGCGAUAGUUACGGCACCCAGGGAUAUUACGAUCUAUUCCCCGGACAACAACCAACCCCCGAAGGACAACAAGGUGAUAUCAAUUUCAUGCCAGGAUCCCAGGCCGGUCACACACCACUUCCGAAUAUGGAACAAGCGAUGCAACACCAGCAACCCAACAUUGGAGGCAUGCCACCCGAUGUCUACCUCCGCCCAAAGGACAUUCGUUCACCUAGCCCCGGACCCGAUCACAUGGGAAUGCACGGCGUUGACGGUUACAACGGAGAUCGAUUCUUGCCGCCACGGUCGCUAUCCGGAACACCGGGGGGAUUCGGUUCGCUGUCACAUCCGCCACCGGACAUGAACGAAGCAGCUGUGUGGUGACAGACAACCGCAUAACAGACAAUCCUGUAGUGUCACAUCGAGAUUAGAGAAGAUACUCCUUAAUCAAAAUAAAAUAAAAUAAAACCGAAUACCCUUUCAGACGAACGGUGUCUGCAUGCAUCACACAUCUGGAACCUGUUGCUAUGGCGACUCCCCCGGAAAGCCCAGAGGAACCCAGAUCCGAAGUAACUUACUUCUCCAAGGAGAUAAUUCCUGUUAAGAUGGAUACCAUUGCUAAUAUACUAAAAAGAUUUGAACUUCUUUGAAGUGGAAAACAACUCACAACAUAUGAAGCUUUUUCUUGGGACAAAAGACAAGAAAAGAAUGUGAAUUCAAUGCACUGUUGAAAUAUAUACGUCAUAGUUGAUACAUUGUCAGAACCCUUUGUUUUAUUAUAUACAUUUCAAUUGAAAGCAGAAUGGCUAUGAACACUGUUAGUAGAAACGUGUUAGAAAGCGAAUUAUGCAGGUAUCAUCCUCGGCUGUAAACCGACAGGAGUCGGUCGGCAAACCAAGUAGCAGACACUUUAAGCACCAAACUCCCUUGCAUCCACUCCAGAAGCAGGAGAAAAAAACGGCUCGUACAUUUCACCCAAAUUGACUUAAUUCAUCUUUAAUUUUGUUGGACUGCAAUCGGCUGCCCACUUUAUUUUGAGCUAUCUCGUAAAUCGGAUUAGUAAUUCGCCUCUCGAUGAAAUGGAAUUAGCUCAGACAGAGCAAAUGAGUAAAAUAGGUUCUUCACAAGUCCAAAUCUGGAUGGAUCGGAUUGGAGGAGAUAAGAACAAAAUCUGUCGCUUGCUACUGCCGCUCCAGUAUUUUAAUAAGCAUGAAAGACGAAUAUCCCUCAAAAGGAAGAAAAUAGAACUCUGUUCUAAUCUUGUAUAUCCCACAAUUCAUUGCAACAAAGAAAUAUAUUACCGCCAUUAUUAUAUUAUAUAUAUAUUUAAAAUCAUAUCAUUUUUAAUUAAAGUUGCACAUUUAAAAAAAAAUACAAUCAUAAUUGUACAAAAAGAGCGGGAUGUUUAAAGCUUUGCGGCAUUAUUUUGGAGUUAAUGUUUUUAUGUAUUUCGUACUUCCACCAGCAUCAUUAUUAAUUUUUUAGCGUCACCAUGGUUACACUAUUGUCGAUUUCAAUGAAGUGUUGUCGAUUUCCUAUGACGAUUUCUCGGAAAGUCGGGACAGUGACCCUUACUCCAGAUUGCAACCGCCGAUGCUGUUAGUAUGUCGACUGCUAGUAGGUCCGUUGUUCUUGCACUUUUGCGUGUAAUGUCUAUUUCCAGUUGUUAUGACAACGACAAACAUAGAUGUGUCUGAACUGUAAUUUUUUCAUUUCUUUUUAUUUCAUUUGUUUUUAUCUCAGCGAACAUGCCCGAGUUACGGAAACAGGGUAACUGAUGUGAUGUUUUUUAUCAUCUUUGAAAUAUAUCGAGAUAUGAAUUAUACUGAAAAACAGACAUGCAAACGGCACGCAUCUCAUAUCCCCUAUUUUUUUGGCGGGAUAGUUUGUGUUCACACCAUUUGUCAAUGUGGCUUACCCACCCUUCCCGUACUUCUUUUUUGUCAUGCAAAAAAAAAAUCACCAGAACGCACUAGCUGGUGCUUUAGGUGGUACUGUUGGUUUCUAUAUCUGACAAUUUGCAAACCAGCAACUCUCUUUGGCUUAUACAUGUGAAUUUUUAACAUGGUUUCCCAGCAACCGGACAGCCUGUUAAACAUUGGAUUUCAAUGUGAAUGUUGUUUCUCAGUCACAGGGGUACUUAUUUAAAAAAAAAUCACUGAAAGUUUUCGUUUCACCAAAUUAAAGUACAAAAAUAUAUACGAGUAAACCGACAGCCAUGUUGUAUACACUUCGAAUAAUACGAUGAUUCAUUUCAAUUUGUAGCAGAGGAUUAUAUUAAUUUAUAGUACGCCGAUUUUGUAUAUUUCUUAAAACCGAUGUUCCUUUCCAAUUUUGUUUUGCGUGAAAUGAACAAUACCACGAGAGAGGUAAUCCCCUUGUAUAUUUCCUUCCGUUCUUUGUUCAAUCAAAUAAAAAUUAUUUAUGG